GUAGUUGCUUUUGCCUCGCUUUUCUUCAUCCUCGUCUCCAUCACAACCUUCUGCCUGGAGACGCACGAGGCGUUCAACAUCGAUGUCAAUGUGACGGAGACCCUCGUGGUUGGCAACACCACGACGAUCCUGCUGACACAUAAAGUGGAGACGGAGCCCAUCCUCACCUACAUCGAAGGGGUCUGUGUCCUGUGGUUCACCCUCGAGUUCCUGGUUCGCAUCAUCUGCUGUCCAGAUAAGCUUCUCUUCGUUAAAAACCUGCUCAACAUCAUUGACUUUGUGGCCAUCUUGCCCUUCUACCUGGAGGUAGGUCUCAGUGGCCUGUCCUCCAAAGCUGCCCGGGACGUACUGGGCUUCUUAAGGGUGGUCCGUUUCGUCCGGAUCCUCCGGAUCUUCAAGCUGACACGGCACUUUGUGGGUCUCCGGGUGCUGGGCCACACUCUCCGGGCCAGUACCAAUGAAUUCCUGCUCCUCAUCAUCUUCCUCGCCUUGGGGGUCUUGAUUUUUGCCACUAUGAUCUACUAUGCUGAGCGGAUCGGAGCCAAGACGUCCGACCCCCGUGGGAGCGACCACACUCACUUUAAGAACAUCCCCAUCGGGUUCUGGUGGGCCGUGGUCACGAUGACAACCCUGGGCUACGGCGACAUGUAUCCCAAGACCUGGUCAGGCAUGGUGGUGGGGGCUCUCUGUGCCUUGGCUGGGGUGCUCACCAUCGCCAUGCCGGUGCCCGUCAUUGUCAAUAACUUUGGGAUGUACUAUUCGUUGGCCAUGGCCAAGCAGAAGCUGCCAAAGAAGAAGAAAAAGCAUAUACCCCGUCUGGCCCCGCUGGACUCCCCUACCUACUGCAAAUCCGAGGAAAACUCCCCCUGUAACAGCACCCAGAGUGAUACUUGCCCCUUGGCAGUAGAGGAGGGGGCAGCUGAGCGGAAACGGUCAGACUCUAAGCAGAACGGUGAGGCCAACGUGGUGCUGUCAGACGAGGAGCAGCCGCUGUCACCGACCGAUGAGGAGAAGCGACCCAUGCGGCGUUCCAGCACCCGGGAUAAGAACAAGAAGUCCUCCACGUGCUUCCUGCUGGCCACGGGUGACUUCUCCUGUGCAGCAGAUGGAGGCAUCCAGAAAGGCUAUGGAAAAUCCCGGAGCCUAAGCAGCAUAGAUGGCAUGGCAGCAUCCACGGUGGGCUUGGCUCCCCUCGCGUCCCGCCGCAGCUCUCCCUGUCCUCUGCGGCGGCCCCGCUCUCCCGUCCCCUCCAUCCUCUAA